GAUGUAGCACUUCAUAUCCUGCAGAUAGACCUAUUACAGUCAAUAGCAUGUCAGCAACAAUCCACUCUCGAAUCGUCGACCUCGACGAGUUAAUCCCUAGGACUGUCGACGUUGAGAUCGAAGGCAAGGAUGUCGAGGACCUAAUCACCUCUUCCAACACACUGACAAUUCACAAAACACCGAUCCAAAAACUAGUUGGAUGAAGAAAAGAGAUUCUGGCUCUUCUUUGAUGAUAACCUUGAGUACUAUCCCGACAUUCGACGAUGGAAAGAUCUCGACUCUCAGGAUAUCGGAAUCACGAAUAUCUUGAAAUCAACCGAGAUAAUCAUCUUGCCUAAGAAAAGCCGGGGCAUGCGCGAGGACGUUCUUUAUUCAAAAUCUAUAAGCACGCAGGGAUCGAUGUUGAGGCUUUUGAUCAGAUUCGUUUACUUUUUUUUUUGAAAUCAGAAAAGAAGAGCCUAGACUUAGAUAAGUCGGUUGUCACUUAUGGGCGCGCGGGACUUCAUGCUGAUGAUCCUUAAGAGAACUCGCAUUAGUAUCUAGAAUGAAGUAUGUGCUUGGUGG